AUGGUUCAUCUCGCAAGUGUCAAGAAGGACCAUGAGGUCGUUCCCUUAGCUUCCCGCAAACUUGAGUCCAUCGAGACUAUCCCGGCAGUGGAUGACAGUAACACCUACUCGGACAAUGUUUAUGGCUCCCGCUUUGCUGCUGAACAUCUGCCGCAGCAUGAAAUGCCCGAGCGAGAGAUGCCUCCCCAGGUUGCCGCUCGCAUGAUCAAGGAUGACCUUUCUCUUGAUGGCACACCGUCGCUCAAUUUAGCAACGUUUGUGACAUCAUUUAUGGAACCGGAAAUCGAGCAGAUCAUGACCGAGUCUCUCAACAAGAACUUCAUCGACUACGAGGAAUACCCCCAUACUGUUGAGCUGCAUAACCGUUGUGUGAACAUGAUUGCUCGCCUUUACCAUGCGCCCACGGAUGGAGAGGAAAACGCGAUGGGAACAUCCACGGUGGGGUCCUCUGAAGCCAUUAUGCUUUCGGUGCUGGCGAUGAAGAAGCGCUGGCAGAACAAACGCAAAGCCGAUGGCAAAGAUUAUUCCAAUCCAAACCUCAUUUUUUCCAGUUCAGUGCAGGUAUGCUGGGAGAAGGCAUGUCGCUAUAUGGAGAUUGAAGAACGCUACGUCUACUGCACCAACACUCGAUUUGUGAUCGACCCCAAGGAGGCAGUCGACUUGGUCGAUGAAAAUACUAUUGGAAUAUGUGCCAUCCUUGGCUCUACCUACACCGGUGAAUAUGAGGAUGUCAAGGCGAUCAAUAAUUUGCUGAUCGAACGCGAUAUUGACUGUGCGAUUCAUGUCGAUGCGGCCAGUGGUGGCUUCGUGGCUCCCUUCGUUAAGCCAGACUUGGAAUGGGAUUUCCGAUUGGAAAAGGUCGUUUCGAUCAACGUCUCAGGUCACAAGUACGGUCUAGUUUAUCCUGGUGUUGGUUGGGCGAUCUGGCGCUCGCCUGCGUUUUUGGAUAAAGAUCUAGUCUUCAACAUCAACUACCUCGGUGCGGACCAAUCCAGCUUUACGUUGAACUUCUCCAAGGGUGCUUCACACAUCAUUGGUCAAUACUAUCAAUUGAUCCGCCUGGGUAAGCAUGGUUAUCGUUCGAUCAUGACCAACAUUACCCGUGUCAGCGACUACAUGGCAUCAGAGCUGCAGAAGAUGGGCAUGAUUCUCAUGAGCCAGACUCGUGGCAAUGGCCUGCCUCUAGUGGCCUUCCAUCUUCCUCCGAAUGCCGAUAGGGUGUACGAUGAGUUCGCUAUUGCCCACCAACUGCGUGAGCGGGGCUGGAUUGUUCCGGCAUACACCAUGGCUCCUCAUUGCGAUAAAUUGAAGAUGCUUCGUAUGGUCAUCCGGGAAGAUUUCAGUAUGGCCCGCGCGGACAGUUUACUGGAGGAUUUCAAGCUUGCUAUUCAAACUCUAGAUUCUAUGGAUCAGGCUUUGAUUACCAAGUAUCAGAUACACAAGCGAGCCCCUCGUCAUCACCAUGACACACACCAACACUACAAAAACGAGAAGCACUCGCUCCAGGGUAAGACUGGCAAGACACAUGGUGUCUGCUAG